AUGACUACACAAGAUAUACAGUCUGCUGACCUCGCCAGCUUCGAGGCUAUCCAGUCUUACGACUGGGCUGCUGACCGCGAAUUCCAAGCUGGUCUACAGUCGAUUCUGUCAACCGCAUCUUCUCCCGAGCAGGUGGCUACACUGACCAUACGAGCGAAAUGCUUCUUUUACUCAAAACAAUCCGGCCUCCCGAUUGACUAUGAUGCCUUUAACUCUUGGCUGGCCCAGAAAGCACCAGCAGCAGCAGUUCCUUCAACGGAGGCCGAGUCAACAUCAGUUUCGGCAGCAGCUGCCAUAACCCACCCUCAUCAACGAAAAGAUUCUGCCUCAAUCCUUGGCCGCCCUUCUGUCGAUACAACAAACCCUCUCGUCAACAGCGAGAACUUCCCAGCUAGUGCACCUUCGCCAUCUCUAGAAGAGAAUGACACGGAUUCCGCAACAGGCACUCCUACGCCCGGUAAACCAGAAGCACCAUAUCCAACCUCUUUCGCCCAUAUUGUCGAGCUUAUCACUACUGGACAGCCGAUUCCGGGGAUUAGAGAGAUACCGAAUGUGCUGAAUACGGCCCCACCUAGCGAAGCGACAAAGCCCAGGAGACUUAAGCCUUGGGAGAUUGCCGCCCAGAAUUUGGGUGGAAGCACUGAGAAAUCGGAGAGUAUACAAUCUAGUUGA